GUCUAACUGCAUACAUAAAAGCACGCGCCCUCUUUUCAAAUUUCCUCUAUCAUCUCGUGUAUCAUCGUAUCGAUAUCUUCAACAAUCUCGUAAAAUGUCUCUCUCAGUUGUGUCAACUCCAAAUGCUCCUGGAGCUGUAGGCCCAUACUCACAAGCCAUCAAAGCUGGAAACCUCGUCUUCUUAUCUGGCUGUAUCCCAGUCAACCCGGCAACGUCGAAGGUCGUCGAAGGAGGUGUGGAGGAACAAGCGAAGCAAGCACUCGCUAAUCUGAAAGCCGUUGUUGAAGCUAGCGGCAGCUCCAUCGAUAAAGUAGCCAAGACCACCGUGUUUAUUAAGAAUAUGGACGAGUUCGCACGCAUGAACGCUGUAUAUGCUGAAUUCUUUGGGUCGCAUAAGCCGGCACGUUCGUGCGUUGAGGUUGCCCGGCUUCCCAUGGACGUGCUCUUCGAAAUCGAGUGCAUUGCGGUACUGGAAUGA